AUGGGGACGGACAUAUUUUGGUUUGAUGAUGAGAUGAGCAGGCAGGCACAAAUGGCGGUUCUUCUUCCACUACCAAUAAAGGGCAACAAAGUUAUGGGAAAGGACGAGAAGGGAAAGGGGAAUGUUGACACUGGCAUCGGUGCUAUGAUGAUAGAAAACAUGAACCGUAGCAGUGGUGCAACAAAGGUUGUUUGCCUCACCCAGGUGGUAAGUGCAGAUGAAUUGAAAGAUAAAGAUCAGUAUGAGGACAUUAAGAAACACAUGAGGCAAGAAGCAGGCAAAUACGGAAAUUUGGUGGACGAUGUUGUGAUCCCACGUCCUGACCCCAGUGGACAGCCAGUUGCAGGAGUUGGAAAGGUGUUCCUGGAAUAUGCAGAUGUUGAUGGUGCUGCCAAAGCAAAGACGGCAUUGGACGGAAGGAAACUCCGUGGGAACCGCGUGGUUGCGGUUUACUACGCGGAGGACAAAUUUGCCAAUGAGGAAUACGAUGGAUAA